AUGCGUUUCUCUCUUUCGCUCCUCGCCUUUGCAGCUCCGCUUGCUUCUGCGCAACUCCAUGCUUUGGCGAAGAAGGCUGGAUUGCAGUAUUUUGGAACAGCUAGUGAUAUUGUCAGCGUGGCUGCUUUGGACAAGACGUAUGCGAAGAUUAUAAGCGACAAGAGGGAGUUUGGUCAAUUGACUCCUGCCAAUGGACAAAAGUGGUUUGCAAUUGAGCCUCAAGAAAACCUCUUCAACUUCAGCUACGGAGACGUCACUUCAAAAUACGCGAAGAAGAACAAGCAGUUGCUGAGAUGUCACAAUCUCGUUUGGCACUCCCAACUUGCUGAUUGGGUUCUCCAAAAGACCUGGACCAAGAAAACCCUCACCGCAGCACUCAUCAACCACGUUACCAACGAAGCCAAACACUGGAAAGGCCAAUGCUACCACUGGGAUGUUGUAAACGAAGCUUUAGAAGAUGAUGGAUCUUUUCGCAACACAACCUUCCUCCACGUAAUCGGCCCUGAAUACAUCGCCAUCGCAUUCAAAGCCGCCCACGCCGCCGACCCACACGCCAAACUCUACUACAACGACUACAACCUCGAAAGGCCCAACGCCAAAGUCGACGCCGUGAUCAACAAAAUCGUCAAGCCCCUCCAGCGCCAGCGCAUCCCCAUCCAUGGCGUUGGCAUGCAAGCCCAUCUGACGGCCUCCCGCGCCCCAACCAUCGACCAAACCAUCGACGUCAUGAAGAACUUCACCAAUCUCGGCGUCGAGUGUGCGCUCACGGAGCUCGACGUGCGUGUCACGGAUCCUGCGACCCCGGAGAAUAUGGCGCAGCAGAAAGUCGCGUUUGCUGCUGCGACGGGCGCGUGUGUGCAGGUUAAGGGAUGUGUGGGUGUGACGGUGUGGGAUUUCUGGGACCCGGUUAGUUGGAUCCCGGGGGUGUUUGCUGGUCAAGGGUCCGGAACGCUGUUUUUUCCGAAUUUUACGAGACAUCCUGCGUAUGAUGGUGUUGCGGAUGCGUUGAAGAAUGGGACGAGGAAGGGGUGGUCGGUGCCGCAUUAUGAUGGUGAUGAUGAGGAGGAGCAGGAGGAUGAGGAUGAGGAUUAG